AUGAACAUGGACGACGAAGAGGCACCCCCCGACCUGAUCGAUGUGUCGCUGCUCCCGGACUCGGAGAAACCAUUCGUGUCCACGACGAUCCAGGACACGCCGGUACAGGACCGCGUCCCGAUCACGCUGGUAACGGGAUACCUGGGUGCGGGCAAGACCACGCUGCUGAACUAUAUUCUCACGGAGAAGCAUGGCAAGAAGAUUGCUGUGAUUAUGAACGCAACCGACAUCGAAAAGCCCCUAACCGUCAACAAAGACGGCCAAGAAGUCACCGAAUGGAUGGAAGUCGGCAACGGCUGCAUCUGCUGCUCAGUCAAAGACUCCGGUGUCAUGGCCAUCGAAUCCCUCAUGGACCGCCGCGGCACCUUCGACUACAUCCUGCUAGAAACAACCGGCCUCGCCGAUCCAGGCAACCUAGCCCCCGUCUUCUGGGUCGACGACAACCUAGGCAGCUCGAUCUACCUCGACGGGAUCGUCACGCUCGUCGACGCAAAGAACAUCCUUCGCCUGCUUGACGAGCCAUCCCCCGAAGAAACCGUCUCGCAGCACGAGCCUGAAUCCGAGCACGGCCACAGCCACUCCGGCCCCGUUCUCUCCAUGGCGCACAUGCAAAUCUCCCACGCGGACGUCGUUGUCCUCAACAAAGCGGAUCUCGUCUCUGAUGCAGAGCUAGAGCGCGUGCGCGCCCGCGUAAGCGCUAUCAACAGCGCCGCCAAAAUCCACGUCACCGACCACGGCAAGACGCCGCAGAUUGAGGGCGUCGUGUUGGAUCUGCACGCUUACGACAACGUGACCGAUCUGGAUUUUGCAAACAAGGGACAUAGUCAUAUUGAUCCUGCAAUCUCAACCCUCUCCCUAACACACCCCCCAAUCACCCCCGCCCAAAUCCCCCUCGUCGACGCCUGGCUCCGCUCUGUCCUGUGGGACUCGAAGCUCCCAUCUUCACCAACCGGCAAUAGCCUCACCACCACCAAUGAAUACAAAGAACUAGACUUCGAGAUCCACCGCUUAAAAGGCAUCCUGGUCCUAACGGACGGAACGACGAAGAUCAUCCAGGCUGUGCGGGAGGUAUUCGAGAUCCGGGAUGGUAGGGCUGCUGCUGCGAGGGACGCGGAGGAAGGAGAAGGGGGGCCGACGGAGUGUAAGAUUGUGCUUAUUGGGAGGGGGUUGGGGGAUGGAGGGGUUUGGGAGCGGAGUUUUAGGGAGUUUCUGGGGAGGGCAUUAGUAUAG